CCUAGCUAGUCAACCAUAACUUAGUGUGCCUGUGGCCAAGGUGAUACCUAAGGCUAAGUAGAUCGUGACCUCGGAGUCUGCUGCACGAUGCAUGCUUCGACAGGUACCCGGGGGUGUACACCCAUGUCGCGUCAGCGGAAUAACCACCUUGCCCGCCGCAUGUGUCUGCAUCAAAGGUCCUACUUAGUGAGGGCCUAAACUCCUUAUUUCCCAGUUCGUUCUCCUUCUCCACACCCUCCCCCCCAAAUACCUGCGACCUACGACCGAUAUUUCGAAAGUCUUCUUUUCCAGCUAGCAUCAUUUACCCCCUUCGCAGCUUCCUACUCUUCAUAUCUACUCUCCCAUCAAUCUCUACUCUCCUCCCCUCGCCUCACCAAACCACUGACGGCCAUGUUUUCCACCGCCUCAGCCGCGGCUCCCAAGAAGCCUGAGCCCACUGAGUUGGAGCUAGAUCCCAAAUAUGAUCACUACGACUUCCCUACUACCUCUAUCGAGGAACGCGAAGGCCAUCCCGGUUUUGUGACCCCUACCCAACAGGCCCAGGUUCAUCAAUUGCGGAUGAUGCUUGAGAGUGAAAACUUCAAGGGAAAACUUGACACCUUGACUUUGUUACGCUUCCUUCGUGCCCGAAAAUUUGACGUGGUUGCUGCCAAGAAGAUGAUUCAGGAGUCGCAAGAGUGGCGACAAGCCAUGACCAUCGUGGAACAAGAAGACAAACAACUCGCCGGAAAGCCGAGAUUACUUUCGAAGGCUAACAAGGAUCCUCUCAAAAACCCUCCCCCACAACCGCUUAACAUCGAUGAAGAGGUCAAAAUCUGGGAUCACGACGGAAAAUUCAAGAGAGUCUUGUCAGAUUACUACACUCAGUUUUAUCACAAGACAGAUAAGGACGGACGACCAUGUUAUUUCGAGAAGCUCGGAGGUGUCGAUUUCGCCGCACUCGAAGAGAAAGAAUACACGAGCGAUAAGAUGAUCCUUAACUUAGCUGUCGAAUAUGAGAGGAUGGUGGAUCCGCGACUACCUGCCUGUUCUCGCAAGGCUGGCCGCCUUGUCGAAACUUCAUGCUCUGUCUUAGACAUCGCAGGUGUAAGCAUCCUCCGCCCUGGGAAGAUAUAUAGUUAUAUCAGACAGACGUCGGCGAUGAGCGGCAACAACUACCCUGAACGCAUGGGUAAAAUGUUUGUCAUUAAUGCGAAUCGUUGGCAAAAAGGCGCCUGGACCAUCGUGCAGAGCUUUCUCGACCCAGUCACCGCCUCAAAAAUUAAUGUCCUUACUGGCCCUGAGGCCAAGACCGAGCUACCAAAGCACAUCCCGAUAGAAAACUUACCGGCCAGUUUCUAUGGAAAGUGCCAGUGCGAAGGAGGCUGCGAACUGAGUGAUGCAGGCCCAUGGCAAGAUCCAGAGUUCAGACGCCCUGCCUGGUGGGAGAAGAAUGAUGCAGCCACCACGAUUGAAAAUAAGCCUACCGAGAUCGAGAAAGCCACCGCUGACGGCGAGGCGCCCAUAGUGGAAGACACCAAGAUCGAGAGCAAGCCUAUUGAGUCUGUGGAGGGCGCUGGUGCUCCUACCUCAAGCGAGGCACCGGUGACAGAGGAGACCAAGAUUCCUGCAUAGGUGGACAAAUGUCAAGCCAAGAAGAAACGGGAAGCCCACGAUUCUGGUUGUUGUGGAUAACGCUUGUGAUGGCGUUGAUACCUCGAUGCCUCGACAGGUAAUUCAAGUGUAUAUCCCUCACUUUUUUGCCGAAGGUUACUGUUCAAUGGGGAGCGAGGCGAGGUCGAACUGUUUAGAUCAAAGAUAUAUCGAAAAGGAAAGAAUUGGGAAAGACGUAAAUACAUGGAAGGGCAUAGCAUAAUUUUCAAAAAGGCAUUAUUCUCUUACAUGUGUAUAUAUCGCAUGCUGACAUUGCAAUCUGCGAGUCAGUAUGCACGCUUCGAAUGUUCCAUUCUUCCUUUUCACGUAUGUGACAAAAGCCAAGAUGGAAAAGAGGUGUCGAAGUGGGUAGGGUAUCAUUGAAUUCCUAGCAAUACAUGUCACUUGGGCCCGCAUGGACCAG